UGGAGCGUUACUAGAGAUGCGGACACACACCCGUGCUGUUUCAAACCUCCCUCUGCUCCACUCACCAGGACCAGCUCUCCCUCCAGCUCCUCCUGGUCCUCGUCUCGGUGCUCGGAGCUGGACUCCACCACCUCCCCCUCGAACAGAGCGCUGACACCGGGCCGCUGCUCCAGGAAAACCUCCACCACAGCGACCUGCUCCGCCGCGACCAGCAGCCCCGAACACCGCAGCAGGAGGAGGAGGAGGAGCAGGAGGAGAGGGACCGAGACCCGGACAGCGGAGGGACUUCGAUGUGGAGCCAUAACCCGACACACAGCGGGGAGGAAAUGCAGGCUGCUGACAGCGGGGAGCACUGAGGACUGCAGCCGGGGAGUGAAUGAGCAUCACAGGGAGACGUCAGGGACAGAAGCCCGCCUGUCACGGUGCACGGUGACGGUGCUGUUUCUCAGUCUGUCCGUUAAUUCUCCUCUGAGCAGCUCCGUGUGUCUGAGCUCUGAUCAUCCUCUGACCGCAGACAUGAGUGGGAAGGUGGGAGACCUCAGCCCCAAACAGGCUGAAGCCCUGGAGCAGUUUCGAGAGAGGAUUCAAGACAUUCUUCCUCUGCUUCCUGCUCAGCACGACCACUUCUUGUUACGCUGGCUCAGAGCCAGAAACUUCAACCUCCAGAAGUCUGAGGCCAUGGUGCGAAAGCAUGUGGAGUUCAGGAGACACAUGAAAGUAGACACAAUAACCACAGAAUGGCGUCCACCAGAGGUGAUAGAGAAGUAUCUGUCAGGAGGGAUGUGCGGCUACGACCGGGAGGGCAGUCCCAUCUGGUAUGAUGUCAUCGGACCUGUGGAUCCUAAAGGCCUCUUCCUGUCUGCCUCCAAACAAGACUUCAUCAAGUCCAAGAUCAGAGACUGUGAGAUGCUGCACAAAGAGUGUGCUCUCCAAUCACAGAGGCUCGGGAGGAACGUAGAGGCCAUCACUAUGAUCUACGACGUUGAAGGUCUGGGUCUCAAACACUUAUGGAAGCCUGCAAUAGAAACAUACGGAGAGAUCCUCCAAAUGUUUGAGGAGAACUACCCAGAAGGCUUGAAGAGGCUGUUUGUCAUCAAAGCUCCCAAACUCUUCCCUGUGGCGUUCAACCUCGUCAAACACUUCCUGAGUGAGAUCACGAGACAGAAGAUCCACAUCCUCGGGGCAGGUAACUGGCAGGAGGUUUUACUGAAGUACAUCGACGCAGAGGAGCUGCCCGUGAUCUACGGCGGCAAACUGACCGACCCUGAUGGAGAUCCUCGCUGCAGAACGAGGAUCCACCACGUAGGCCCAGUUCCCACCUCGUACUACGUGCGGGAUCACGUGAAGGUGGACUACGAGCAGUGUCUGACCGUCAGUCGAGGCUCCUCCCAGCAGCUGGAUUAUGAGAUCCUGUUCCCGGGCUGCGUCCUCAGAUGGCAGUUCGCCACCGACAGUGCAGACAUCGGCUUCGGGGUGUUCAUGAAGGCUAAAAAGGGCGAGUGGAAGAAGGCCGCACAGAUGCAUGAAGUCGUACAGAGUCAGAGAUACAACUCCCACUUAGUCCCCGAGGACGGAUCACUGACCUGUGAGCGCCCGGGAGUCUAUGUUCUCAGGUUUGACAACACGUACAGCAUCUUCCAGGCCAAGAGAGUCAGCUUCUCUGUGGAGGUCCUGCUCCCCGACAGCAUGCAGACCAAGCAGGCUAACGGAGCCUCUGGAGAGCACGCACAAGCUGCAGAAAACAGCCAAUCAUAACCAAGACGAUGACCUCCAUGUUACCGGACCAGUGAAGUUAGCCGCCGUGAGAAAGCACAUCCUGAGAGACUUGAUAUGACCAGGACCUGCAACAUGCUGCCUCUACAGUGAAGUAAAAUGACAGGAGCUUAAAUCUGACCCUCAAAUAAACUACUGAUGAGCCUCCCUGUUAGUGUGGUAUCAAUUAAGGAGCAUAAAAUAUGAACAAAAGUACUUAGACACCUCGGGGUCAAGCUCUCUACUACUCUGAUCAGGGUUUUAAUUCUUUAGACCAGGGCUUAAAGUUGAACUGGUCGAAAUGCAACAGUAUUCAGUAUCCAAAAAAGGGGUCAAGGUCCCAAGAAAACAACUUGAAAAUACAACAAAAUCUGCAUUUUUACCUUGAAAUACCAAAAUAAAUGAAAGUGUGAUGGAAAAAAACUGCUUUGUUCUAGCCUACGGUGGCUGGGAAGUGCAAUGCAAAUUUACAAAGGAUAACACUUUUACAAAGUUUGAGACAAAUUAACAUUUUGUAAAACAUUUUAACAUUUUAUAAUAGAACAAAAUGACAUUAGCAAAACACUUUUACAAAGGCCAAAACAAACAUACAUUUAGGAAAAUAAAUUGACAAAAUGCUCCUAUGAUUUUCAAAAUAUAAGACGUCUGUAAUAUCAAAAUGUGCAACAGCCAGGGAAUUAAUACAUAUGUGACAUUAAUAACCCUGUUUCCCCUUAAAGCUGCUGUGAGGAACUUUUAGCUUGUAUUGAUUCUGGCGCCCCCUUGUGGACAAAGUGAUACCUCUUAUCUCUUGUCCUGUACAUGCAAAAUAAGUGUCUUCAGACAAUAACCUCAUCCUGUUGUCUUUUAACAUUUAGACUUAUCUUACAAUGUGAUUAUUUGCAAUGAAAACUGCCAAAAAAGGGUGUUUCUAAAGCGAGAUGUCAAUCAUCUGUUCUGACACCUACCCCCUCAGAGCAGUUUUAGACAUUAAAAUGACAACAGAGAAGGUGUCAGUGUUGUUGUGGAUGGUCUUGUUUGCUUUUGAGGGUCAUAAAGAGGCAUCAGUAUCAGGUUCAGUCUGUUUCUCAGCCAGUUAAAAACUCCUCAUAGUGCCUUUAAAUAUUUAAAGUCAGACUGAUAAAUCAACACCUCCAAAUGUUUUCCUGCCACUCACGGCUAUCUCUGAUUUGGAAUUUCAAAAUGAAAACCAUUAGAAUUUUUUUUAAGUUAUAUUUUUGGGGCUUUUUUGCCUUUAUUCCACAGGACAGCUGAAGAGAGUCAGGAAAAAUGGGGGGUAGAGAGCUGGGGAAGACAUGUAGGAAAUGGUCAACCGGUCAGGAAUCGAACUGGCGACCCCUGCAAGAGGACUGUAGUCUCUGUAUGUGGGGCGCUUAGACCGCUAGGCCACCAGCGCCCCUUAAACCAUUGGAAAUUUAGCAUUAGCAUUUAUUUUGUUUAUGUCUGAUUGGUUCAUUGGUACAUUCCCUUUCUUUGUCAGAAUUUUGUAAAUUAUUUUUCUGAAAUGUAAAUAUGUUUCAGCCUUGGUAAAAGUGUUUUCAUGACAUUUUUUUAUUCACCUUAUUUAUGGCGGUUGAACGGACGCAGGUAGUUAACUGUUAUUGUGAAGCACUUCCUGUCAAUGGUAAAUGAGUAGCUUGACUAAUUCAAAGCCGAUAGAGCAGGGGCGUCAAACUCCUUUCAGUUCAGGGGCCACAUACAGCCCAAGAUGAUCUGAAGUGGGCCGGACCAGUAAAAUCAUAACUUAAUAACCUAAAAAUAAUGAAAACUCCAAAUGUUUCCCUUUGUUUUAGUGCAAAAAAGUACAAGUACAUUCUGAAAAUGUUCACAUUUAAUGAACAAUCUUUCUACAGAAACAGCUGUUGUAUUUUUCACCAUGAUGAGUCUCACAGUGGGCUCAAUAUUUUACUCUUUAAACACUGAAACCUGCUGCAAACACACCAAACACACAGGUUACCCAUACACCUAACACAGUGUGUAAUGUUUACAGCAAAAGAGCAGAUAGAUUAUAAUAAUGAACAAGGUAAAGUUGAUUAUUCUGGACCCCUCAGGUCCAGCAUGAACAGUUUGCUGGACAGUGUUGUAUGCAGGGGUGUAGUGCUAGUGUUAGUCGUUAGUGGAUCAUCUUAUAGUGCUCUCAAAACUCUUUGUGAAUCUCAACCGGAUUAUGCGAACAGCAAGUAAUUUUUCACUUUGAGAAAAAAAGUCCUGGAAAAAAAGCAUUGUUCAGGUGCGCUCCGUCAGCACUUUGAUUGUAUGCGACCCCCUAAGGGCAAAUUUAAAAUAGUAGUUACUUGUAUUGAAAAAUUCCAUUUAAUGCCUUCUCUGUAAUUUAUUCACUUUACAAAGUCGUUCAGCGGGCCGGAUUGGAACCUCUGGCGGGCCGGUUUUGGCCCACGGGCCGCAUGUUUGACACCCCUGCGAUAGAGCCAUAGCGGCUUUUAAGCAAACUUUGGAAAUGUUCCCAAGACAUUUUGGAGAUAUUUAUCGAGCAACUCAAUAUCUUAAACUGGAUGUCCGGCACAAAAAAGUGGAAUAAAGUGAAUAACACGUAAAAAUGUUUUCCAAAAUGUAAAUUUGUCUCCAACUUUGUAAAAGUGUUUCAUCCUUUGUGAAUUUGUAUUGCACUUCCCAGCCACCGUAAAACCCAGAUAGUGAGAAAAAUUCGGCGAGAUCUUGAUAAAACUGCUAAAUUUAACUCUUUAUCUUGAGAGAAACAGCUUCCUUAUCAUGAGAAAGUGUGAGAAAUCAAUCUCUUGUGAUAUUAAAACCAAGAUUAUGUUGAGAAAAUGAAAGAAAAACUGAAAUAUAUUUCAUUAUUAUAGAAAACAAGCUGUUUUAUUUUAAUAUAAUCUGAUAAAUUAAUCCGUCAUAGUGGGAAAACCAGCUUUGUUAGCCAAAGAUAAUCACAUUCUGAUAAACAGCAUACUUCAAUUCAUGUAUAAAGGAGAGCUGAGUAAAGAAAUGGGCAAUCAUAUGUCCACUUCAGGCUUCCGUAGGCGAGUACAACCGCUACUUUGGCGGCUGAAGAGGGAGUUACAUGAAUAAAGUGCCUCAAGUCCUUUGAGUCAGUUUAAGUUUAAAAUAAAAAUAACUGUAGGAAAGUGAGAGUGAGAGACGUCUUCAGCCUGCUCCUCUUCUUCUUUAUCCACCGCCGUUGGCUACAUGCUAGCGAAACACGCUGGAAUUGCUAGCUUAACGGUCGUAGGAGAGUUGCAUUGUGGGUAAUGUAGGCGGAAGUGAAUGGUCAGAAUUGAUUGGAAAGGAGCAGAAUCUCCCCGUCAGAUGAAGUGCUGGAUCAAAGAUUUCCCAGCUACCUGUGGACCAUUUAAAGUUUGACAAAGUGUGUGUCAUGUAAAAUGUUAACAAAGCCACGAAAUGAAUCAGGUCAGCUGAACUACAACUCACUAAACUGGACUUCCAUUCCUUUAAAACUAUCAUUGAAGUGAAUCUAAGUUAUCUUUUCUUUCUUUUUUUUACAAACAAAUGUUAAAUGUCUUUUUUCCUCAGGACGGUACAGUAAAAAAAUCGGGUUGAUUUAUUUAAUAAUAAUUAUUUUUUAGAGAUUUUCAAGACUCAUAUAUAUAGAAGUUUAAUUUGUUAUGAGUUGUUAAGUGUUUUAAAUGUUUCUCAUUGAAGGAAACUCCAGCAGUCGUUUACCUUUGUCUUUCACAUUCUAGAAAACAUUCCUCUAAAUAUUUAUUUCAGCAUUUAGAAUUUUUUUUUUUUUUCAAAAUAUGGGUACAACAAUAUAACAAUAGUCUAUUUAUGUGAUUUCACUGUUAAAGUCUAUAUAUCCAUGUAAUGUAUUCAGAUAUAUUCAAUAUUUGUUUAAAGCGAGCAUCAUACAUGUUUUAAACAAUGUACAGUAUUAUAUAAUCUUCAUGUUAUCUCAGCAGGAUAUACUGAAUGAUGAUUGAGGUGGAUUUCUCAGAUUAUUUUCAUAUUCAGAUUGUAACAGCAUCAAGAGACUUUUGAGAGAGACAGUUGUAUAAGAAGUCAAUAAAUCUGUUGACAACA